CGUGUCAUCUUAAAUGCAAAAACAUUAAGUUUAAUCUAAUUUUUUAAACAUCGAAGCAAACAUUGAAAAUUAAUACGAAAUGUUCUCUAUACAAAGCAUUAAACAAAUUUUUAUCUUAAAAAUAUUUAACAAACUAUGUUAUUGAUUGAUUUUAGAGAUGAUUACUUUUUAACAUCAAUGGUUACAAAACUAUUUAUGAAAACAAUGAUUCUCAUUGGCACAGAUAUAAAUUGGAACAAACACGAACGAUCCAAAGUCUACAAUCUCAGAAACAAUAUAAAUCACCAUUCUCCUGGUACAAUGUAGUAGCAGGCAUGUUGGCGAAGGUGAUUGAUGACGAAGAAAGGCAGAGCGAUCAACAUCAUGAACAAGAAAUGACUUCUGCUGUUAGAUCCUUGAGCAGUGAUAGUAUAAAAACUUCACAGGAAAGAAAAAGAGUGAGCCUAGAAGCAAAAUUUGUGGAAAUUCAUCCAUGUAAUAAUGCCACCAGCGGUCGGAUGAUUUCAAAUAGGAGCAAAUCGCAGGAAAAACCAUCUUGUCUGGAUGGGAAACGUAAUUCAACGGGGGAAACGAUAACAAAAGAAAAAAGGGAGAAAAGAGUAAAAUAUGUUCCUUGUCCAUCCUUUAGACCAAAGAAAAAUGAUUCGAGGGAUCAUGAAAUAGAUGAACUUUUGUACUACAAACCCACCAGAGAUGUAGAAUCUCAAGAGAUAGGUAAAAAAUUUGUUCGAAAAAUAACUUUGUAAAGAAAUAUGAUAGAGUACGAAUAGUUUAGUUUUUUCUAACUUUAACCGUGAUUUUCCUUUAACGAAAGAAAACGGUAACAGUUAUGAAUUACCAUUUUUAAAAUGUCCACUGUGUGGUUGGGAAGAUGUGAAACAUGAGCAAAUUGAAUGUAAUAAAAAUGAGAGAAGAAAUUAUAUUUCUUGUUCGGAAUACAAUAAGAAUCUUUCUGAUGGAUAUAGCCCGUGUGCCGGAUGUGACAGUGUCACGCGCGAUAAUUUACCUUUCCGAUCCAUGGGAAUUACUAAUCUAUCGGAAUAUUUAAAAAAGUAUGUGAACAGCUCCGAGGAUUUAGCAUUUCUACAGACAUUAUCAAGACAUGCAUCUUUUGCAUCUUUGAUAACAAGACAUCCAUCUGUUGUAACUUUAAUAACAGGACACUCUGCAAGAGCAUCAAUUACUUCAGCCAUGAAACCUAUUCAAAUUACGAAGAAAUAUGCUCAUACAGAAGUAGAACAAAGCGAAGAUCCAAAAAGGAUUUUAAAAAAUAAUAUUCCAGCAUCCAUAUCGGUUCAAACGCAAGUUCUACAGGCGGAUCCUGUAGUAACAGGUAAAUUACAGUUGGGUACCAUAGAAGCUUCUACCCAACUAGUUCUACCAGAUCCGGAUAAACAUUCAAAACUAAUUGAAUUCGUACCAAAAGAUGUUUCUCGAGAUACGAAGAAGGAACAAGGUACAGAAUCAGAACCACUUGCAAUUGAAACGCGAUUUUCUAUUGGAAGGAAAAAACGUGAAAUAGGUGUCAACGCAAUGGAUUUUUUUGACAAAGCGGUGCAAAAUACAGUUUGUAUAUCAAUUCAAACUACAGAUGAAAUUGAUCAAAAAGGGAAAGAGCAAGAUAAAUAUUAUAAGACUGAUACGAUAGAGAUGAAGGAAGUAGCAAUAAAUGUGGUAGAUCAAGCCUCGAAAGGAAUACAGAGUAGUAUCUGUGUAUCACGAGGAAAUUUAGCCUACCGUAUGUCUUUUGAAAAGAUGAUAGAAUUUGGUACUACCAUGUCCUUGCAUCAAGUGCGUAGCGUCGGCUGCGUGACGGCGGAAAAGAUCAAAGAAUUCAAAUCGAACUUCGUACAGUGCGUUUCUAAAGAAAAAUUUCCUUUGGCUCGAUCCAAGUCUGAUGAUUCUGUGAAACGUUGUGCUCGUCGAGAUACGGAAUUGAAACAUUUUGUGGAAAAAGAAACACAAGAAUUUGAGGAUUCAUGCACAACAGAUACGUGUCCAUUGAAUAUACUACAUCUUAGUAGAGAUCCCACCAUGCUCUCAGUUUUACAACAACUUCUGCAGAAAAUAUUAUUUAUACACGAACAAAAAAUGCAAGACAAAUAUAAAUAUCACUUAAAAGAAAAUUGUUUCAUCGACAUGGACAAAAUGGUGACAGCAAUCAAAGAAUAUAUAAUGAUGCUAGAGCCAAGUGUUAUCAGAGAUGAUGUGGAAGAAUUUCAUGAGAAGGUUGAUAAAAAGUCAUCUUUGACAGAAGUUCGAAGACGACCAAGUUUGAAGGAAAUUGGCACGUUUACCAUGUGUAAUGAUAAAUUAACCAUGACUGAAGAAGAUAUUUUCGAAUUAAUAUUGCAAUCCACAUCCACGAAAAUGGAUAAAAAACAAGGAAUCGUGGAAGACAGUAUAUUGCUAUUAGAGAAAAUGAAGAGGAAAUAUCCAAUGAUAGACAAAGAAGUUUGUACUCGUUUGAAUUGUAAAGAUGUUGGUAUCAGUGGAUCGUUGAUGCAGCUGUGCAAUCGCGACAUAGAAGUUCAAGGUGAUACUCGAUUGUUCAAGGACUCUGUAUGUGUCGCAAAGUAUGAAGAUAUAACAGAAAGAAUAAGCGUGGGUACCCAGAAACGAGAUCCGAUACUGGUUCGAGUGAUCAAGUGCAAUGAAAGUCAGGCGGUAGUACGGUCGGAUAAAGAAACGUUAACUAUGAAAAAGGAUGUACAUUUUGAAAAGAAAUGUAUAAGCAAACGUGUAGAAACAUGCGGUCGAACGACUUGCAUUCCGUCUACUGUUUGUAAAAUAACAAAUGAAGCCAAUUUAAAAUCUACUCUUCGUAAAGAGCGCGAAAAUGAAAUGAUCGAUAGUUAUGAUAUAUGCGAUAUAAAUUGUAAAGGAAAAAUAUCUUAUGACUGGACUGAUGUAACAAAUGAUAUACUUUCAAAUGUUACUAAUUCGAAAAUUCCGAUCUGCAUGAGACCACUACAAAAAUAUACAUACACUAGAAGCAAAUAAUUAAACAUUAGGAUUAAUAUAACAUAUAAAAUACAUAAAUAAAUCUUGUAAUAAAAAGA